UGUUUUGUUUUUGUUUUAUAGGCUUGUUUUUCUAAUGUUUGUAUAUUUAUUUUGUGUAGGAUGGCAGAAAAACUGAUUACUGUAAGAUUGCACUAUGACGGGAUUUUGAAGACGAGUACUUAUUAUGGUGGAAAGACUAUUGGAGUAAAUGCUGUGGAUUCUGCAGAAUUUUCAUAUACGGUGCUUAUGGAAUAUGUCAAGGAUUACCUUCAUUUGUCAGAAAUUGGAGGAGUAUAUAUCCAAGAUGAUGGUGCAGGUUGGAAGCUUUUGACACGAGAUAAAGAAUUAAUUGAUCUUGUAAAUGGCUGUGAAAAUGAAGAGGAGAUUCAUCUGUUUGUUGACACCAUUAUUGACAAGGAAAUAGAGCCAACAGCUCAGAUGCAGCCACAUGUAAUUAUACGGCCAAGGAAGGACAUAGUUGAAGGGUCAACUAAGGCACAAGUGAAACGCAGAUUUGUGACUGCACACCAGCUCCAACAACAACAAAAAAUGAAGAAAAUGAAAUUGAAGUCAUCUGAGGUGCCGAAAAGGAUUUUAUCACCACGAAAAUGUAAGAAGCCAGUUCUGGAGACUCCACCAGUUGAACAAGAAAUUGUUAAUCCAAAAGGAACAGCAAGAAGGAAACUGAAUUUACACGAAGACAACGCACAUGGCAAAAGUACGGGCGAGAAUGACACUGAGUUACCAGCGCAGCCGUUACCAACUGUGAAUGAGUAUGAGCUAAGUAAAAUCAAACGUGUGCAAGAAAACAGGGCAAAGUUUGAAGAACUUGGGUUGGGUAAAUAUGGGACUAAUCCGAAUCCACCAGCAGUCCACAAAGGAAAAGGAAAAGAAAAAAGCCAAGAGGUUUCUGAUGAAUAUAUCAUGGAAAGUGAGAGCGAAAGUGAUGAUUCAUCGACGAGCAUUCAGACCAUCAAGAAAAGGAAAACACUGCCUGGUCCCCGAACUCGUUCGCGAGCCAAUGCUUCCACUACUAUGAACACCAAAGUGAAGCAUUCAUUUGCUCCAAAACUGAUAAAACCAACAUGUAGUAAAUUGUUAAAACAGCAUUGUAAUGUCGAAAGUGGUUCAGCUGCUGCAUAUGUAGCCCUGCGGGAAUGUCAGAAGCAAAAUCUAGAAGUUGAUCCUAGGAUUGAGGAUGUUGGUGAGUCGAAUUUACAAGAUGCACAUGAUGAUGAAGAAGUUGAAAAAGGUAAUACAUAUGUAAACCUGAAUAUGUAUUUGUAG